CGGGUUAGAAGCCCACCUCCACACUGACUCAAACAGAGUGCGACUCGCGACGCAGAAGAGCCGGUGACGUGUGGGUACGUGGCGCUGACGUCAGCAAUUUCCCCGGCUGAAACAGAAAGAGAGAGAACGAAGCGGCCACCGGGCAAUAGCUUGAUACGGAGUACGGAUAAAGCAAGGAGUUUAAGGAGCAAGUAGAGGAUGGUCAGCUUAUUUUCAAUCAAUCUGGUCCUGGCCCCAUGAACGCUCGUAAACGUCUCGGGUCCCGUAACACAGACAACGGAAUAUACAUAGGACCUUCCCAGACUCAGGUCCUGGUUCCUGCUUCAGAGUCCCCUGUUGUUCCUCUGCCAGUUCCCCCAGCCGACAUCAUGUCCUGUCGCGACCGCACUGCUGAAUUCAUUUCCACUUGCAAAUCUCUGCAGGGACGUCAGAAUGGCGUACAGUUGUCAUCUCCAUCUCUUAAUGCUGUUAAGCAAAGAAGUGAAUUCACCCUAAUGGCCAAACGCAUUGGAAAGGAUCUCAGUAACACAUUUAGCAAACUGGAGAAGCUGACAAUAUUGGCAAAGAGAAAAUCUCUAUUUGAUGACAAAGCUGCAGAGAUUGAAGAAUUGACCUACAUAAUUAAACAAGAUAUAGGAAGUCUGAACCAGCAGAUUGCUCAGCUUCAGUCUUUUGUCCGUGCUCGGGGAAGUCAAAGUGGAAGACAUCUUCAGACUCAUUCAAAUACGGUUGUGGUCUCCCUACAGUCAAAGCUUGCAUCCAUGUCCAAUGAUUUCAAGUCGGUUUUGGAAGUUAGGACAGAGAACCUAAAGCAACAGAGAAGUCGAAGGGAACACUUCUCUCAAGGCCAGGUUGCACUCCCACUUCACCAUAAUAGCCUAGGUCCUUCGGUUCUUCUUCAGGAUGACUCUCGCAGACAGGGGGAAGUGACUAUAGAAAUGGAUUCCCGAGUCAGUCAACAGCUGCAGCUUAUUGAUGAACAGGACUCAUACAUCCAAAGCCGAGCAGACACAAUGCAGAACAUAGAGUCUACAAUAGUGGAACUGGGAUCCAUAUUUCAGCAGCUGGCUCACAUGGUAAAGGAGCAGGAAGAGACUAUACAAAGGAUUGAUGGAAAUGUAGAAGACACUCAGUUAAACGUGGAGGGGGCCCACCAAGAGAUCCUAAAGUAUUUCCAGUCUGUCACGUCGAACCGCUGGCUUAUGAUCAAGAUUUUCCUCAUACUUAUUGUCUUCUUCAUAAUCUUUGUAGUCUUCCUUGCCUAACACCACUCUAAGAAAUUGUAAAGUAGUUCCUUCCCCCAAACAGCACACAGUAUCCUAGCUACCCAUGACCCGACCUGCCACUGAGAGGGAUACUCUCUCAUUAGUCUGUGGAUAAGUGUGGGAGGACAGAGGUUAACACACUUAAGGAUACAUUGUGUAUAUAUUGUAGUGUAGCUUGAGAAUGAGUAUUACAAGUGUGAUUGAGCAAGGCCAUGCAUAUGUGUGUGUGAUUGAAUCAAAAUAUUAUAGGCCUAUAUAUAUAUAUAUAUAUAUAUAUAUAUAUAUAUAUAUAUAUAUAUAUAUAUAUAUAUAUAUAUAUAUAUAUUAGACAGUUUGCACACAUGCACAGGCAGACUUUUGUACUGUGAAGAAUUAAUUGUGUGUGUUCUUAUGCACACUUUAUGUUUAUUUUAAGAGUGUGUGUGUGUACAGUUUUAGGUAUCAAAAUAUAUCACACACACACACACACACACACACAUACAUGUGUUUAAAUGCCUUGCAUUAAAAACUGUGUGCAUGUAUGUAUGGGUUUCCCUUUAUUAAGUGUCUUAUUCCACUGAAUAGGGCGAGUGGAAACUGCUUCGGGGAGGGCGAUAAGUGGCUUUGUGCAAGGCUGUAUUAGUGAGAGCUGAUAUGUACAGGCCAUGCACACUUGUUUUAAUCUCUUGUAAACAAUGUAAUAUUCUGUUUUUAAAUUAUUCUUGGAAAUUAAAAAAAAAAAAAAAAGUCCUCAACACAGGUAAGGGCAGUUAGAUUUAUGAGAAUUAGGGUUGGGGGGUACAUUUUAAAACACAUUCCAUUGGUUAACACAAAAGACACUUCUACCACUCAACCAGAUUGUGGCCCUAAUCCAAUGUACAGACUGUAUAUAUAAUGCAAGAUUAUGAAUAAUAAUCUACAUUUCAGAUCAUU